AUGAUAAUAAGUAGUAUCAUCAUAUGGAUCAAAUCAUCUUGUAAUGAAAAAUUUAGUCCUAUUAAUAAAACAGAAUGUAAUCCAAUUAUCAUAACAACAAAGAGAACAAAAGAUCAAUCACUAAGGAAACUAUAUUGGAUUAAUUGUUUAUCAACUAAUAAAAAAUAUCAAUAUUCAUCGAAAAUCGAUAAUAAUAAUAAUAAUACGAAUAAUAAUAAUCGAUUAAAUUGGCCAGUGACAAAUAUAAUUCAUCAAUCAAUAAAUGAUCGAAAUAUAUAUUCUACUCAUGAUUCAAUCAAUGAUAAUCUGAAUGUUAAUACUACUACUAAUACUACUAUUAUUACUACUAAUCAAGAUCUGUUUAGUUACGCAAAUCAUUUACAUACAACUCCCAUCUGUUCAUUCCCAUUCCCAUAUGAUAAUAGUAACCAUAGCGACAAGAACAACAAUAAUGAUGAUUAUGACGAUCAUUAA